UUCAACUAUUAGCCCUAAACAAAGUAGUGUAAAUAUUGUAUAUUUUUUUAGGAAAAAUCGAGCUAUCGACCACUUCAUUCAAAAAUAUUGAGCAUUAUCGAAUUUUACAGAGCUACUGAGAAAGCAUGUUGCAAGCUUUCAUUCAUCUUAUCCUUCCGAUCUUGCUUUUGAGCAUCUCAGCAGCUCUAGCACAAAAUGCAAACAAAGGUGUUGUUGUCUGUUACUUCAGCAACUGGGCUGUUUAUCGCCCAGGAAAAGGAAGCUACGGAAUCAAAGACUUCCCCGCUGAAACGUGUACCCAUGGGAUAUAUUCAUUCAUUGGUUUAAAUGCAGCCAACAGUCAAGUUCAAAUUCUCGACCAAGAACUUGAUGUUAACAGAAAAGGAUUCCUUAAUUUUGCAAACAUGAAGAACCAAUAUCCUAACCUUAAAACACUGGUUGCUAUUGGAGGUUGGAAUGAAGGUGCUAAGAAAUACUCUGACAUGAGUGCUGACAAAAACAAAAGAGCUGCAUUUGUUCAAAGCAUUGUUGCCUUCUUAAAACAAUACAAUUUCGAUGGUCUUGAUCUUGAUUGGGAAUAUCCUGGAGCAGGAGAUCGUGGUGGUGCUCCAGCUGAUAAGGCGAACUUUGUCAAAUUGGUGGAAGAACUUAGAGCUGCAUUCGAUCGUGAAGGAAGAGGAUGGGAACUUACCAUGGCUACCGGAGCAGCACCUAAUAGGCUUCAAGAUGGUUACGAUAUUCCAGCAUUAUCCAAGUCUAUAGAUUUCUUUAAUAUCAUGACCUAUGACUUGCGCGGAAGCUGGACCGGAUUUGCUGACGUACACAGUCCAUUAUUUAAAAAACCAUAUGAAACAGCUGAUUACUUAGCACUUAAUGUCCAUGAUGUCUUGGCCAACUGGGAGAAGCUGGGCUGUCCAGCUAAUAAACUUGUUGUUGGAAUUCCAUUCUAUGGUCGAUCUUUUACACUUGCUAGCGCAAGCCAAAACAAAAUUUUAGGUGCAACUAUUCCAACAGUUGGAAGUGGAUCUGCUGGAGCGUUUACAGGCGAGGGAGGUCUUUUGGCUUAUUAUGAAAUUUGCGGCAAAGACCAGGGAUGGACUAGGAAUUGGGAUAAUGAUGGAAAAGUACCAUAUGCUUACAAGGGUAACCAAUGGGUAGGAUACGAAGAUGAAAAGUCCGUUCAAGCAAAAAUGGAUUUCAUCAAGCAAAAGGGUUAUAGAGGAGGAAUGGUAUGGGCUAUUGAUUUGGACGAUUUCCAAGGUACUUGUGGGCCUAAGAAUCCUUUGGUGUCAGUUAUGGCUAAGAAUAUGGCUAGCUACACUGUUCCUGGAGUAUCUGCAACAACUCCAUCAAGAAAUCCAAUUUCUUCACCACUUCCUAAUGUUCCUCAAGUAAGCCCAACGAAACCUGCUCCCGUGGCACCUACAAAACCACAACCAACUUCUAAUAUGCCAUUGCCUGAUUGUUCAUCAAGUUCCUUUGCUCCCCAUAAAAAUUGCGGAAAGUUCUACCAAUGCGUUUACGGAAGAGCAGUCGAGAUGAAUUGUCAACCUGGACUUAGUUUUAACGCUCAAGUGAAUAUUUGCGAUUGGCCAGCAAAUAAUCCUCGCCCAGAAUGCCGACAAUAAAUAUUCGAAUGUUAGAGUAAUGUAAAUAAUUAAAUUAAUACAUUUUUUUUUUGUCUAAAAUUUAAUUUAUUUUUUAUGUAAUUUUUUUUUAAUUUGAUAGCACUUUUAAUUAAUUUUGUUUUGAUA